CCCUGUGAAAUCGCUAUAUAUACGAGCUGCACGAUGACAAAGACCCUCACAGACUCUCACCUUUCCCUGAUCUCUACGAGCAUCGACGACCACACGGACUGGAUAACACGAUGACCUCGAGCCCUGUGAAUCGUCGUAUGCCCUAUGUGCGUUUGGGAAACUCGGGAUUGAAGGUCUCGAAGAUCAUCCUGGGGUGUAUGAGCUAUGGAAGUCCGGAGUGGCAGGAUUGGGUAUUGGCCGAGGAGGAAGGGAUCAAGCACAUCAAAUAUGCUUAUGACAAUGGCAUCCAGACUUUCGACACGGCGAACGUCUACUCCGCCGGCGCCUCCGAAAUCAUCCUCGGAAAAGCCAUCAAACAGCACAAUCUUCCCCGCGAAGAAAUUGUCGUUAUGACCAAACUGUAUGGUCUUGUCCGUAAAUCUUUAACGCCCCGAUUCAACAGCAUCGAGGAAGCGGAGAAGGAAGGAUACGUGAAUCAACAAGGGUUGAGUCGGAAGCAUAUCUUUGAUUCCGUCAAGAAGAGCUUGGAGAGGUUGCAGUUGGAUUAUAUCGAUCUGUUGCAGUGCCAUCGCUUCGAUGAUAACACCCCGAUUGAGGAGACUAUGCAAGCCCUUCACGACGUCGUCAAAGCCGGCUAUGUGCGCUACAUCGGGAUGAGCUCUUGCUGGGCCUGGCAAUUCGCCGCCAUGCAGAACUACGCGAUUAAUCACAACCUGACGCCGUUCAUCUCUAUGCAAAACCACUAUAGCGUUCUCUACCGAGAGGAAGAACGCGAAAUGAUGCCCACGCUCAAGCACUUCGGUGUUGGUUCAAUCCCAUGGAGCCCGCUCGCUCGUGGCGCCGCUGCUCGUCCACUCACAGAGAAGACUUUACGUGGAGAGAAGGACAUGUGGCGUGCCGAAGUCAUUUAUCUCUCCGAGCCUUCCGGUGGUCGUGACAUUGUUCCUCGCAUCGAAGAAUUAGCGAAGAAGAAGGGGGUCUCCAUGGCACAGAUUUCAUUGGCCUGGCUUUUCGCGAAACCAGGCGUCACAGCUCCCAUCAUCGGGACAACGUCCAUCGAGAAGUUGGAGGACUUGAUUGGAGCAGUGAAUGUUACAUUGAGUGAGGAGGAGGUGAAGUAUCUGGAUGAGAAGUACAAGCCUAUGAACGUUAUUUUUUAAGCAUGAAGUAUAUUCGAGAGGACGUUGGUCAGUCAGUGUUCUUUGUGCGGUGAGUUUGAGCUUCGACGUGUGUACUAUUUCCUUGGUCGUAGGAACACUCUGCUCUUGACGCAAUAUAUCAUUCGUGAAGUGUUCAACAACCAAUAUAUACUAUAUAACC